AUGAACAAGCCCGUCACAUCUUUCAUGAUAGAUGACCUCCUAGUAAAGCGUCCUAAGAGGAGUGAACCAUUUAAGGACGUAGAUACCGGUCCAACAACCAUUAAGCUAGGAAGACGCGGCAUCAUGAAAGAGGCUAGGUACGAAAAAUUGUGGAAAUUGCUUACCAUCUCAUAUUCUUUGCAGCCUCCCAAUUUCGCGGGGCCAAGAAGACCAACCACAAGCUGCUGAAGAGUGUGAGGAUCGUCCUUCGAAAAAUUCAUGUGAGUGUGUCUCUUAUGGAAUGAAAUGUUCAUUCAGAACUACACCCUCCCUGCGAUUUCCUCUCCCACCGAUGGAUGUACUGAGAGGAAUUUUGCAUGAGCUUUGUUGAUGGAGAAGCAACGUUCCCCAAAAUAAAAGAUAUUUUAUCUUAUUUAAUUUUCGAGGAAAUUAAUGCGCGAACUUAGAGUAGAUUCUUCGGAAUAGACCUUUUCAGGCACGGUCCAAACUAUUUGAACUAAUGUACAUCAGCUGCUGCGCGCAAUAUGCACAAACCGUCAACAGGCAACCAAUAGUAUACAACUUACUUUACUGGCAACACAGGUACUAGCUAAAAGCCCAGACACGCGUGUUUCGCCGAUGUUGUGCCGCUGCCUGAUGCAGCUGUGAGGGGUUCGGCUAAUCAAUUCGCGCAGUAAUUUCCUCGGAAAUUAAACAAGGCAAGGUGAAACUGGAGUUCGUAUUAGCAGAAAACACAUGGGGAAGGCUGGAGGACUUGCCAAUGAACCGAACCCCUCGCAGCUGCAUCAGGCAGCGACACAAGAUCGGCGAAGCACGGGUGUCUGAGUUUUUAGCUAGUACCUGUGUUGUCAGUAUGGUGAAUAAUUACACAAAAGAUACUUUGUUAGCUUAGAUGUCUCUGGGCACUUGUGCUAAGUUGAGACAUCGUUGCUUUUUAAUUUCCUCAGAAAUUGACUGCGAACUUGGAGUAGAUCAGUAUAUUCUAGGUCUGUAGGCCAUAAGUUAAACGCGAUCACUGAUGCGGCAUCAGGACAGUCGCUUUAAGAUGAGAGAAGCGCGGAUGCGGAACGUCGAGACUAGUUUUUUUUGCCGUUUUAUCAGUCCGAACUCAAACCAUUUAGGUGGGUAUGAGUUCCGAGCAAAAGUAACAUAUUAAUAAUACUUCGUCGUAUUUUUUUCGCCUACCGAGCAUUUUCUUGAUUUCUUUGUUUAAAUCAGUGAUUAGAAUGAGGGCUUUUCAUAGGGUAAAACAGUUUUAGCGUCCAAACUAGGUAAAAUGUGCAAAUAUACACGGAUUUUCGAUGCAAGGAGGGCUCUUCACUGAGAGGUCGUCUUAUAUGUGUGUGUUUAUAACCCCCCCUCCCCUUCAUUCUCUAGUAGUCUCAGUCUCGAUACCGGAGUCUGGAGUGUUUUCUAUUCGUCAUUGGCUCACGCAAGGGGUAGCACACAGUUUUGCCGAAAAUGGUCAUUGGCAAGAGGUCCCUGAAAGUACGAGUGCUGUUGUCAGAACCUCAAAUGCUUCCCCGCCCUCGCCCUCCUCGACAAUCGAAGAGUCCGUAAAGAAGCCCCGCAAGGCGAGAACGGCCUUCACCGAUACCCAACUGGCAGAAUUGGAGGCCAACUUUGAAAAACAAAAGUACCUUAGCGUCCAGGACCGCAUUCAGCUGGCAAGUCGCCUGAAGUUGAAUGAUACGCAAGUUAAAACAUGGUACCAAAACAGACGGUGA